AGAGAUCGAGUGCAGUGCGAGAAUAACGAAGUAUGUCUGCCUGCUAAAACCCUAAAAUUGCAGGCAUAAAGGGCUCUCCGUGCUUCAUUUUCUCCUUCUCGGCCACUUCGCUUGCUGGGUUGAGGAUGGGGCGGGGGAGGGUUGAGGUGAGGAGAAUAGAGAACAAGAUCAAUAGGCAGGUGACCUUCUCCAAGAGGAAGGCCGGGCUGCUGAAGAAGGCCUACGAGCUCUCUGUUCUCUGCGACGUCGAACUCUCCCUCAUCAUCUUCUCCAGCCGCGGCAAGCUCUUCGACUUCUCCACCGCCUCCAGUUUGCUUAAAAUAAUUGAACGGUAUCGAAGGUGUAGCCAUAAUGAUAUUCCUUCAGAAUCCUUGGUCUCAUCAAAUAAUGAGAUACAGGAUAAUUAUCAAGAAUUCUUGAGGCUGAAAACACGAGUUGAGUUUCUACAACGUUCUCAGAGAAACUUGCUUGGUGAAGAUCUACUGUCCCUAAACGAUAAAGAGCUUGAUCAACUUGAGAAUCAAAUUGAAGUAUCUUUAAGCCAUAUCAGAUCAAGAAAGAGCCAAGUAAUUACUAAUCAGAUAUCUGAGCUUAAAUGUAAGGAAAACAUGUUGCAAGAAUCUAACAUAACCCUGAGAAAGAAGUUGCAAGAAAUAGUUGCCGAUGAUUUCCUCGAUAGCUCAAUGCAAGAGGGUGAUAACAACUAUAUGGAUGCUGAUCAAUUGGAGUUUCAACCUCUCGAAGGUGAUCCUCCCGUGGAAAUUGGAUCCAAUCCCUCCAUGGGCCUUCUGAAUGGUGAAUUUACUGGGAUGGCGGAAGAUGUUGAAGAAUUUGUCAGGCAAUGGAUGUGAAAUCUUGAUCCCAAACUAUGUAUAUAGACCAUAUUUAAACAUAUGAGAAAGGACAAUAAAGGUUCAUAUAAACGUUUCUUCAUGGUGUGCAUGUAUGUAAAAAAGAUCAUAUUGUACAAAUAUCAAGAUAAGAAAAGGUGUCGAUCAGAGUUUAGUCCGUAAACUUAAUAUUGUUUUUGGUGUAAGUUUUGUAAAGUACAUUUGAGUUAUCUUAAUAAUCUGUUGGGAUUCA